GUUCAGUGCCACAAAAUGAGAAAUCCGAGUUGGGGCGUGAAAUGCAGUUGAAAUAGCUUCAGAGGUUGUGUGGUUGAGCAGCAUUUAGAAUAUGGGUCACUGAUUUAAUUUUAGAACAGGAACACCUGUCCUUGUCAGUACCCACAUGGUUGUAGUAAAGCCUCAACGGAGUUUGAAAAUAAAUGUUGUGACAAGAGUUAAUCACACAAAUGUGUAGUUUUGUCAAUGUGGACAACUGUAAAUGCUCAUGAGCAAUCCACAGGAAAGUACGCCUUCAGUGAAAGACUUGGUGAAGGUUUUAUAUGGAGGGAAAAGGUUUGGUAAUCAUGUGGAUGAAGUUUGGCCUAACCUUUUCAUUGGUGACAUGUCAGUGGCCAAUGAUCGCUACAGUCUGUGGAAGCUGGCGAUCACUCAUGUUGUGAAUGCAGCUCAUGGGAGGAUGCACUGUCAGGGGAGUCAUGACUUCUAUGGCUCCACUGUGGAUUAUUAUGGAGUGCCCGCUGAUGACUCACCGUCCUUUGACCUCGCUCGCUAUUUCUUUCCCUCUGCUGAGUAUAUUCAGAGUGCACUUGACACAGCUGGUGCUCGCGUUUUUGUCCACUGUGCAGUUGGAGUUAGCAGGUCUGCCUCUCUCGUCCUGGCCUACCUAAUGAUCCACCAUCAUUACACCCUACUAGAGGCCAUCAAUAAGGUCAAGGAGCACAGGUGGAUCUUCCCAAACAGAGGAUUCCUCAAACAGCUUUGCGCUUUGGAUAUGAAACUACGCAAGAGUAAUCUUCCACGCAUCAAGAACAAAUUGAUUUUAUAACUUACAGGACUUCAAAUGCCGAUUUUUCUCAUGAUAAAUAAAGGAUUCAGCAUCUGC